AUGUCUAAUUUGAGACGGGAAUUAGAAGAACGGAAACUAGCUGCCGAGUUGAAGGCAGAAGAAGCAAGACUGAAAGUGUAUAGCGAUGAAGAUGACUCUGAUUCAAUUCGCAGCACAUCUCAACUGUCAAAGAAAGUGCCUGAUCUUAAGCACUUGUUCACAAGUCCAACUGUAAAUAAGGAAAUGGUACCUCCUGAGAAAUGUGCUCCUCCAACGCCAUACACCAAGAACAUGAACACAGACACUCAAGCUCACCUACCAUCUUCAGAGUUGACAGCAGAAAUAUUUGCCCGGACAAUUGCUAUGAGCCGUCUACCUACUCCUGAACCACAAGUCUUUACUGGAGACCCACUUCAAUACCCAGAUUGGAUAUCGUCAUUCACCACCUUGAUCGGAAGUAGAGGCAUUCCACAGGGUGAGAAAAUUCAUUAUCUGAAACGUUAUUUAGGAGGCCAGGCAAGGGAGGCAGUGAGUGGAUUCUUUCUUCUACGGAGCCAAAAUGCCUUUGAGGAAGCAAAAUGUGUUCUUGAAAAGAGAUUUGGCAAUCCCUUCAUCAUUGCGGAAGCCUUCAGAUCAAAGCUUGAUUUGUGGCAAAAGAUUCAAACCAGGGACAAAACAGGUUUACGAAGAUAUGCAGACUUUCUACAACAGUGUGUUGUGGCUGCUACUGAAAUCCGAGAACUCCAUAUACUUGAUGACAUGAGAGAGAACAGGAGAUUAGUAUCUAAACUACCAGAAUGGUUAGGUCAUAGGUGGAAUCGUCUUAUUGCUAGAAACAAAAGAGAGCGUGGAUGUUACCCGUUGUUUCGAGACUUCGCUACCUUUGUUAUGGAGGAGUCAGAAAUAUUAAAUGAUCCUGUUGUAGUUUUUGAACCAAAGCAAUUUAAUGCAAUGGAACCAGAUGGUAAUCAUACUUACAGGAAGUCGAAUAAUUACUCUCGUUCGCAACCUUCGAAAAGGUCAUUAGCAACUACGGUUCAAACAGUUGAUAAAUCAAAUGAAUGCAUAUUCUGUGAUAAGGGAAAUCACACUGUUCAAGAUUGUCGAAACUUUUCCCGAAGAACCAUGGACGAAAGAAGAGACUUUAUAAGGAAGAAAGGCCUCUGUUUUGGUUGUUUUGGAGAAGGCCACAUGUCAAGACAGUACACCAACAGGUGUGAGUGCAAGGUUUGCCAUAAGAAACACCCUACUAGUUUACAUGACAGAGAUAAAUACUCUAAAUCAGGUAACAAGACAUCUGAAACCCAUGAGAUUGAACAAAAAGAAGCUACCUGCCACAAAGUGUUAAGCGGUAACAAAGAAUCAGUUUCCUCCAUGGUAGUGCCAGUAUGGGUAUCGUGCAAGGAAAACCCAGGCAGUGAGAUGCUGGUCUAUGCUCUGCUCGACACUAUGUCAGAUGUCACAUUUAUAUUGGACCAGAUCGGGGAGGACCUACAAGCACACUCUAGCCCAGCAAAGCUACGUUUGUCAACGAUGACUUCAAAGGGAGACCUUGUAGAAAGUCAUAAAUAUGAAAAUCUUGUGGUGAGAGGAUUUAACUCUACUUCAGGGAUUCCUCUUCCAACAACAUAUUCCAGAGAUCAUAUCCCACUGGACAGGUCCCACAUCCCAACACCUGAAACUGCUCGUGAAUGGUCUCACCUUUGUAGGAUUGCAGAUCUGCUGACUCCUAAGCAGGACUGCCCAGUUGGUUUGUUAAUUGGAUACAACUGCCCAAGUGCUUUAGCACCCCAGAAUUGCGUCUUAGGUAGUGGCAACCAACCAUAUGGUGUAGAAACUAAACUCGGUUGGAGCAUUGUUGGUGGAUCUCAGACACAACUUUCAGAGGAAUUCGAUGCAUUUGGUCACACCCACACGGUUGUUAGCAGAACCAUACAUGCCCCCAUCAAGCCUGACGAGCAAUCAAACAUGAUGUAUGUAUAUAAGACUCCAAUCAAAGAAGUCACCAUUGCUGAUUUGCUGAGUAUCGUAGAAAGAGACUUCAGAGAUGAAGAUUAUAAGACUAUGUCUCAAGAAGACAUGAAGUUUAUAGAAAUCGUAUCAAAUGGUAUUCGGCAGAGAGAAGAUGGGUAUUAUGAGAUGCCGCUACCAUUUAGGAAUGGAAAACCUCCACAGUUACCAAAUAAUCGUCAAGCAGCCAUGCAUCGUGCCAUAGGCUUGUUGAAACAAUUCCAGAGAAAACCAGAAUAUCAAAAUCAUUACACCACUUUCAUGAGAGAGAUACUAAAGAGAGGUGAUGCAGUAAUGGUCCCACAUGAUGAGCCACUGACAUCAACACCAUGGUAUAUACCUCAUCAUGGGGUAUACCAUCCCAGAAAACCAAAUAAAGUAAGAAUUGUCUUUGAUUGCAGCGCUCGUUACCAGGGUUCAAGCUUGAAUGACCACCUUUUGUCAGGUCCAGACUUGAUCAACCCCUUAAUUGGAGUACUCUGCAGGUUCCGUGAACACCCAAUUGCCUUAACAUGUGAUGUGGAGAAAAUGUUCCAUCAGUUUCGUGUGAAGCCCGAACACCAAGACUUUCUCAGGUUUUUGUGGUGGGAAGACGAAGACUUCACACAACCCCCAGUUGACUUUAGGAUGAAAGUCCAUUUGUUUGGAGCUGUUUCAUCGCCAGCAUGUGCGAACUUCGGCUUAAAACAACUUGCCAAGGACUACAAGCACCUUGGAGAGAACGCUUCAGAAUUCUUGAAAAACAACUUCUAUGUUGAUGAUGGGUUGAAGUCGGAACAGUGUAGAAGCUAUGAAGGAUCUCAUUCACAAUGCUGUUGA